UCCUGAAUCCACACGCAGUCAUAGGGUAGAAUGAGAGCCUUGCUGGGUAGCCAUACUUAACGCAGUUGCCUCUUCGAAGCUGAUCUGUAACAUUUUCCCAUAAGCAACCAGGGGAUCACUGAUGCAUGAGAUAAUCUCUUUGGAAGCUCCUGUGCUGCCAGUCACUCACAGCUGAUAAACAACGAGCGAGAGAGAAAGUACCGUCUAAUCGAGGGUCCGCUAAGGAGUGCGAAGAAAGGCCAAAGCCGCCAACGAUAUAUGACCCAGAAGCGAAGGAACCGGCAUCUUCCAGCUCGCCCCAGUUAACUCGACCACGCAGUCUCUCUCGGCAGGACCGACGAGGCAUCGGAGGCCAGGGGACACGAUAGCUGCGACGACGAUCCAUCCCAUCAGAAACCGAACAAGGGUUGCUUCUGCUCCUGUUCCAGCCCUUGAGAGUCGGUCAGCAUGUGCGAACUGCGAUUCUAUCGGUGCUCGUGCGGGACGCGGUGGACGGCGCACAAGAAGCUGUCGAGCUGCGACAGCCCCGAGCCGGCGGUUAGGUGUCCCGAGAGUCUCUGCAUGUAUGUGGGGAGCCCCCGAAAGCCGCAGAAGGGGGAGUGCGAGCUGUGCAGGAAGCUGCGAGAGGCUCUCGAGAGUAUGGACGAUGAUCGAGGCGACGGAGAAGGCAAGGGGGAGUCGACGGGGGGGACGAGCUGAUGGAGGCAGGGAAAGGGGGUCGGGAUAUGGUCUUAUUGGGAUGGAGGAAUAGGGAGUGAGGUUGGUAGGUUGAGGAUGGUGGUCAAGAUGAAUAUAACAUUGCACCCCGUGGACAGA